CACCUGUAACUCGAGUCUGCAAAUCGGGACAUGUCAAUUUAUAUUUACAUUGUACCCAGUGAUUGACCAUAUCUCUAUAUUGUGCCAGAAUGGACAAUGAAAAUGUUAAAGAAAAACUGAACACUUUAAUUCAUAAAAAGUUAUCUGAACAUUCCUCAAUGGACUCAUGUGAUAGUUAUCAAACAGUGCAAAUAAAGCAAGAGCAUUUCGAUCAGGAUAUAAAUGGAUCAUCAGAAGCAGAUUUAAACAGUUAUCAACAAGAUGCGACUGAAAUAAUUGUUGCUCUUGAAGACAGAUUUAAACAUAUUUCUCUCCAUGAAGUCUUAAAUGAGAAGAAGAAAGCAUUAUUGAGGAAUCCCGAAAUUAUAGAUCUGUUACUUAGACAAUCAAAAUCAUAGAUUCGUUUAUAUAUAUAAUGUUGGCAAAUAAAUGAAAAGGUGUUUAUAUUGAUAAUAAGUGUUAUUGCAGCCACCUUCAUGUGUUUGCACCUUGAUGUCCUUCAAGUUGUCAAUCAGUGAACAAAUCAGCCAGUUCUGGUCAGUGUUAUUUAGACAGCAGUGGUGUAAGUUGAUUUAUUUGUUAUUAAACAAAAAGGAAAACCAUGGAUUUGGAAAACGUAAACCCCAACGUAUAUCAUAAAGCAUCGGAGCGUAUUGUUCUUGCAGAGGAAGAGGAUGACGAUGUCGUGGAUGAGAUUGAUUCUCGCGAAAUCUUUGAUUUAAUUAAAAACAUAAACGAUCCAGAACACCCGCUGUCCCUUGAAGAAUUGCACGUGUUGGAGGAGAGCCUAAUUACUGUGGACAAUCAGAACAAGUUACAAAGUACUUUUUACCCGACUAUCCCACAUUGUAGCAUGGCAACUUUAAUUGGUUUGUCCAUCAGAGUAAAACUACUCAGAUGUUUGCCAUCAACAUUCAAAGUUAAUGUUGAGAUUAAUCCUGGCACACAUAAUGCUGAACACUCAGUAAAUAAACAACUUGCUGACAAGGAAAGAGUAGCAGCUGCCCUGGAAAAUGAUAACUUGAUAAAGGUAGUAAACCAAUGCAUAGCAACCAAAUGAAUGAAUGUGUAUUUGUACAUUUGUUUAUUAAAUGUAUUGAAAUUAA